AAGGAUAAGAAAAUUAGCCGCGAGUGGCGUCAGAGAUGGCUAGCAUGACGGUGUUGCAUUCCGUUUCCGUAACGGGGCCGUGGAGGCCACUGCUAAUAAACAGGAAUUUCCGUUCUGUCAAAAUGUUGAGGUGCUUCGGAACUUCGGCGGCAAAGAGACUGAGCUCUGUGGUUAGGGUUCGAGACUUUCACUUCUGGAAACGGACUCCGAAGCUGAAUUACUCUAACAACGAAACGUCGUCGUCUUCAUCCGAGGAGGAUGACCUCGAGCAAGGCCCGCCCCAGGAAGCCGUUCUCAAAGCAAUUUCAGAGGUAUCGAAGACAGAAGGAAGAGUUGGAGGAACCAGAAAUGUGGUUAUUGGUGGUACAGUAGCCGAUGAUUCGACUAAUGAAUGGCUUGCUUUGGAUCAGAAGGUCAACUCAUACCCUACCAUUAGAGGAUUUACCGCAAUUGGAACCGGAGGUGAUGAUUUUGUGCAAUCUAUGGUUGUUGCUGUGGAAUCUGUGAUACAACAGCCAAUUCCCGAGGGUCGGGUGAAGCGGAAAUUAUCAUCUAGGGGGAAAUACGUAUCUGUUAACAUCGGUCCCAUCCAAGUCGUUUCUAGUGAACAGGUUCAAGCCGUAUAUAAUGCCAUGAAGCGAGACGAUCGGAUGAAAUACUUUUUAUGAUGCGAUAUGAUCUUCAUUCUUGUUUUGAUUUGAAUGUGAUCAUGUAGAGACUUCCUGGUUUCUCUUGGUUGGGUUGGUUGAUGUUAUUUGGAGCAACCAAGAGGAAAGGAAUGUCUCUUUGCUAAGCCAUGUCGAUCUGUUGGUUUAUUGUAUAUGAUAGUUUAUUUAUUAAUCACCAUUGAGGCCUUGACAUAAUGCAAACAAAUUU